GGAAACACCAGGGCCUAAUGUGACAGUUCUAAUAGGGCAGUUCUCAUAGGGCUGGCUCGAGGGUGAGGCCAAAAACUCUCGCAGGGGAGGGUGGUGCCACCGGUGGUGAGGGGCGGGUCGUUCCACGCUGAGUGCAGGCACGGUUUUCAAGGGACAUUCGAAGAUGUUCAUGUUCAUCCUUUGCCGACCAACAAUUGAGGGCUUGUUUCUUGUUUCUCAUACUCGCUUUGUUUUUCCGCUCAUUGCUUACCCCCCCCCCCCCCCCCAAAGUCCCCUGCUGCUGAGCCGUGACAGUGAACGGGUCAUCAAGCCGGACCCGGUCAUGAUGGUUUCUCUUUCUUGCCUCAUCGGCUAUGGCGAAUCCCUCCUUGAAACGGUGCAAGCUCAUCCGUGGUCGACUAUUGGCGCUAUCGUCGUCCUCUCGAGCGUAAAGAAUGUACCGCUGAUGUGGCAUGCUCGCUUAAUCACAGCCGUGCUCUACCAUUCCAUUGCCAGGAAGAACGACGUAGUCACUGUGGAAAGGCAUGGAGGGCAGAGUUUAUUUGGCUACAUCGUGACGAGCUCGCGCAGCCCGCUCUACGAGUGCGACAUCAACGGCCACAAAUCCGACAGCACGUAUUUUAGCGACCUCGACAUCAACCGCAUCCAUCUGAUCACGCGGCUGUUGAAAGGCGCCGGAGAUCUGUCGCUGCGACCAGCCCGACCGAACGUUGCCCGAGAGGAUCGUCCCAAGAAGAUGCGAGUCCUCCUCGGUGGAACCUGCUGCAGUUUCCGUAGAGAGAUCAAGCCGUAUGCGGCGUACGAGAUCCACUCGCGGGUCCUGGCCUGGGACGAGAAGUGGCUGUAUGUGGUGAGCUAUUUUGUGAAGCCGGGGAGCGCACGGAAAAUGGCCUCGUUGCAGAACAAGGCCGGCGACAAGAGUGAGAUGGCGGAUGUAGCCAGAGGGAUGGUGUUUACUUCCGCCAUCGCCAAGUUUGUCUUCAAGGAGGGGCGCAAGACUGUUCGUCCCGCAGAUGCACUUGAAGAGCUGGGCCUGCUUUCCGCGUCCAACGAGGCAGUGAAGACUUCCGAGGGAGGGGAAGAGCCGUGGACGCCGAGUCGGGUGGAAGAGCAGCGGAAGACGGGGAUGAAGAUUGCGCAGCAUUUGAUCGCGCUCGACGAGUUGCAUGAUCAGUUUGAGCAAGUAUCCGAGCACCCCUUCCUGGGGAAGUUCGGUGUUCUGGGGACGAUGUGCUGAAAACCAUCGAGGGGAAUAAGAAGAAGCGAUGCUGUUGUCGCAGAGGAAUGGACGGGCUCGUUAUGUAAAUAGAGUGCCUUGACACCAAUCCAUAGACACCUAGCCGAAUGAAACCCCUUAUGAUAAUAUGAAAA